AUGUUUGAUAGUUUGGCCGCUUUUACCUGGCUUUUAACUUUAUGUUCUCUUGGGAUUCUUCGUUUGAUCUUACACUGGUACCCCAAGCUGCUGGUGAGUUUCACUGCAUCCAGAUGCCCUUUCUCGACUGCAGACCACAUUUUAAUUCGGGAUGACCAUAUGACCUUCACUUAUGUGAAGGUGCGACAUAAAACUAGUGGUACAGACGGGUUUUUGGCUAUUCCUUGCGGUAAUUUUUGCAUGAAUGACGUUGACUCACUGAGAUAUUUCACUUAUAAGAAAGUAUUAUACAUUUGGUGUCAUCAUUUAACAAGAUUUCUCCCUGUCGAAUCACUUGAUUGUGAGAUAGUUUUGUCCAGAUUUCAUGAACUAGCUGAAACUGGACUGUCUGACAAUGAUGUUUCGCGACGUAUUUCUAUGUAUGGAAAAAAUUUGAUUGCUGUCAAUUUAAAACCUAUUCUUGUUUUGCUCUUCAAAGAAGUGAUCUCUCCUUUCUAUAUAUUCCAGAUUUUUAGUGUUUCCAUUUGGUACUCAGAUGAAUAUGAAAUUUAUGCAAGUAUAAUUGUUUUGAUGUCUGUACUAUCUAUUUCUAUGGACGUUUAUCAGACUAGGAAGCAGGAGAAAGAUUUGAGAAGUAUGGUACACUCGUCAGCUGUUGUUGAGGUGGUGCGGAACAAAGGGAAGAUUCAAACUGUUGAUAGUGAAGAGUUGGUUCCUGGUGACGUUAUAAUUAUUCCUCCUCAUGGUUGCACUAUGCAGUGUGAUGCAGUUUUGCUAAACGGAACAGUGAUUGUUAAUGAAUCAAUGCUUACUGGUGAAUCGGUACCGGUGACUAAGGUUGCUUUGCCGUGCACAGACGAGGACAGUUCUUCCUUAUUUUCAUUCAAGGAGCACUCUCGUCACACUUUAUUUUGUGGGACGCAGGUGCUUCAGACGCGAUAUUAUAUCGGGCGAAGUGUAAAGGCCGUUGUUUUGAGAACUGCAUUUGCAACGCUGAAGGGCCAGUUAGUUCGCUCCAUUAUGUAUCCGAAGCCUGUUGACUUCAGAUUCACGAAGGACCUUUUUAAAUUUGUUGGGUUUCUUGCCUGUAUUGCUGCAUGUGGUUUUGUUUAUACGACAGCCUUGAUGAUUAUGAGGGGCUCUUCGUGGCGUAAAUGCCUAGUUCGGUCUUUAGACAUAAUCACUAUUGUUGUUCCUCCAGCCUUACCAGCUGCUAUGAGUGUGGGAAUGAUUGCGGCAAAGAUCCGUUUACGGAAGAAACAUAUUUUUUGUAUUUCGCCGUCUACUAUUAAUACCUGUGGUGCUAUUAAUACUGUAUGUUUUGAUAAAACGGGUACUUUGACAGAAGAUGGGUUAGAUUUUUAUUGUGUACGGCCGUUGCGCCAAGAAGAAGAUGGAGGUUGUCCCGGAUUUGAUAUAGAGCUCAAGUCUUUUAGUGCCAGCGAGAUGUCGCAUUACGGAGAGUUUGUAAAAGCAAUAUCAACAUGCCAUAGUUUGACUAGAAUAGAUGGCGAGCUUCGUGGAGAUCCUUUAGACCUUGUAUUGUUCAGAAAUACUGGUUGGGUCUUGGACGAAACAGUUGAAAAGGGCUUGGAUGAAACAGCGCGUUUUGAUGUUAUUCAGCCAACUGUUGUGCGUAGUGUACCUGGACAUUUUGGUUUUGAGGAAGAGAUUGAGCUUGGUGUGAUACGGCAGUUCACAUUUAGGUCUUUAUCCCCAUCUUCUGAGUCAUACAGUUCGUCUUUACAACGAAUGUCAGUCAUAGUGCAUAAUCCGAAAGACCCGGCUAGAUGCAUGACACUUUAUUGUAAAGGCUCUCCAGAAAUGGUUGCUUCAUUGUGUCGACCUGAAACAAUACCUUCAAAUUAUUUGAAUGUUGUUACCGAAUAUGCUCAACACGGAUAUCGGCUGAUCGCUGUGGCACGCAGAAAAUUAGAUCUUAGUUUUGUUAAAACACAGAAAGUAGAAUGUGAACUCGAAAUGCUUGGACUGACUGUCAUGGAAAACAGAUUAAAGAAUCAAACUAUUGGAGUGAUUCAUCAGUUAAACAAAGCUCACAUACGACCGAUCAUGAUAACAGGCGAUAACCUACUGACAGCCUUAAGUGUCGCCCGUGAGUGUGGAAUUAUAAAGCCAACUAAGCGUGCAUAUAUUGUUGAAACAGCUAAUGUCGACGACAAGCUGAGUGGCGCAAGGAAAAUAUUAGUAUUGAAGCAGGCAUAUAAUUACAUCUUGUUUCUUUUUUUGUUGAAGGCUGUAUCUUCUUCAAGUGAGAUCGUUGAUGACAGUAGCUCUACAUUGGACAUCGAGUCCUGUAACUUUAUUGAGUCAACCUAUCAGCUUGCUAUCUCAGGUCCAUCAUUCAGCGUCGUAUGUAACGAAUACCCAGAAUUGUUGGACAAAUUGGUUACAGUAUGCGACGUUUAUGCUAGGAUGUCUCCGGAGCAGAAACAGUUUUUAGUUAAUAAAUUACAACAAGUUGAUUACACUGUUGCUAUGUGUGGUGAUGGAGCGAAUGACUGCGCAGCUCUUAAGGCGGCACACGCUGGGAUAUCGCUUUCCGACGCGGAGGCUUCGAUUGCUGCUCCAUUCACAUCUAAAAUUCCUGAUAUACGUUGCGUUUUGUUAAUUAUUCGAGAAGGCGAGUCUGCGUUAGAUUUCUUUUUAUUUGGGUCUGAAAAAGGUAGGGCGGCGCUGGUGACGUCGUUUGGUGUUUUUAAAUAUAUGGCUGGGUAUUCGUUAACUCAAUUCAUCACUAUUUUGCAGUUAUAUUGGCUUGGCUCAAAUCUUACGGACUUUCAGUUUCUUUACAUUGAUAUGGCAUUGGUAACUUUGGUGGCACUUUUUUUUGGCAACACACCGUCCUGUGCAAAGAUUUCUAUAUUACCUCCUCCGACUCGCCUUCUUUCUCUGGCUUCUUCUCUCUCCGUCGUCGGGCAAUUAGCCAUUAUAAUUUUUUUCCAACUGUUUCUGUUUGUAUAUACGGCUAACCAACCCUGGUUUUUUCCAUUCACUGCUCCCUUCGAAAAUAUGGACGAAGACAAACGUAGUUUACAGGGCACGGCAAUAUUUUCUGUUUCCAUGUUCCAGUAUUUGGCGCUAGCUGUGGUUUACAGCAAGGGUUUCCCCUACAGGAAGACACUGUUCAGUAAUUUACCCUUGUUUGUCAGUUUAGUUAUAUUAACACUGGUGUCAACUUGGCUUUGCUUAUAUCCACCUGAGGCUGCCUCUCGAUUUAUGGAGUUCGACCCAAUCCCAGAGUUUGGAUAUCGUGUCUUCAUUUUGAUAAUAGCGUUUUGUAGUGCAGUUUGUUCAUAUCUAUAUGAAACCUACUUUAUCGACCAUCUGAUUCUUAAUGCUCGCGAGAAAUGGCGGCGGAAACGUCAUACUAAAAUGGAAUCUGCGGGAAUGAGCUCGUACGAAAAGAUUUUAUUGGCAGUCGGAAACGAUGUUUCUUGGGUGACAUCCUCUACGAAUUUUAGGAACAAUGUUUAUACACCAUCACACAGCGAGUACCUAUCCACGACUGUUCUUCUUUCUAAUAGUGCAAUUUCCCAGCCAAGUUUGUCAGAUGGUGGAUUUUCUAACGGUGAUGUUUGUAAAGAUACUUGCAUGGACGGUGACGACGAUGCUCAGUUUUAA